UCAGCUGUGCGUAGGCGGAGGCUGCUUUCGUCUGGCUGACUGUGUUUGCGUUCGGCCGCAUAGUGUAAUCCAGGCGCAACAAAGGAUGAAGGAGGCAGUGCGCCGUGUGAACUUAUCCCGUGCCAAGAUUGUUCACGUGUUUACUGGUUGUGCUUCAACUGUUUGAUCGCGGAGUAUCGUGAAUGUAGUAUGAAGGUGACGACACAUUUCAAGAUUGCGCCGUCCGUGCAUCAUUUGUCGCUUGGCUCUGCCAAAAUUUUUAUUCUGUUCGCUUUUACUAGUCACGUUAGCAGCACGACUGUGAAGAACUGCACGAGAGAAUGCGAAGCAUGUGUUCCAGGGACGCACGCAAGCUCAGCGUGCAACUGUUGCCCCACCCGAGGCCACUGUCCGAAACCAGCAGCCGACGAUGCCUCUAAUAGACUGUGUGUGCCAUGCAACACCGGAACGUUCUGCAAGGACCCGGGUUGUCCAGCUUGCGAGCCUUGCCCACCGGGCACAUUCACAGCUCAACGAAGCACACAGAACUGCACACCUUGCGAAGCAGGUUUCUACAAGCCCUUGCUUGGAUCUGGAACGUGCAGUGCCUGCUCUCAAGGUAGCUACACUUUGCUGAAAGGCUCUACUGAAUGCACGGUCUGUCCUGCUGGCUUCUACUGCUCGUGCACACAUUGCGGACCACUGCCUUGCCCUGAUGACGCUAUUUGUCCUGUUGGGAGCACUCACCCGACUUAUUGUUACAAACCACUGUUCGUCAAGCACGGCUAUUCCUGCUACAUGUCUGAUUCAGCGAUUGGAAUCAUCAUUGGUGUCUGCAUCUCUGCUGUCAUAAUGUUGGGAUUCUUAUCAGCCCGAUACUACUACACCAGAUGGAAGCAUCAGUCAAAGAAUCCAACAGAAAUCAGCUCCCUGGUUGCAGAAAGUCGCCAGGACCCAGUCUACACUGGCCUCUAGUCAUGGUUGACACUGGCAAUUCUUGCAAAGUAUCUGCUCAUCUAUGUUGACUUAAGGCCUGUUUCAAAGUAUGCACCUGCUUGUUUUCUGUACCAAAGACCAGAUUCAUGGCUUUGAAGUGGUGGAAGUUUUGCAGUUUGAUUGCCAAACCACGAGCCACUCAUGAAAGAAA